GUGAAUCAGACCUGAGCAACUUCUCUCUCCUGCCGUAUACGAAGCCUCUUCACCAUGGGGAGAAUUGGCAAGGAGGUGGCGGGUCAGAUCAUUAGCUUCAUAGGCCUUAUUGGGGUGUCGGUGACCUGCGGUAUCCCCCUGUGGAGAGUGACCUCUUUCAUCGGCGCCAACAUCGUGACGGGCCAGAUCGUGUGGGACGGCCUUUGGAUGAACUGUGUGAUGCAGAGUACCGGGCAGAUGCAGUGCAGACUGAAUGAAUCGGUGCAGAGGCUGACCCCUGACCUGCAGUCUGCCCGGGCACUGGUCAUUAUCUCGCUCGUCUUCGGCUUCGUCGGCUUUAUACUCACAUUCAUUGGAGCUAAGUGCACCGGCUGCUUGAAGAAAGAUUCAUCAAACGCCAAGGUGGUGAUCAUAAGCGGCUGCCUCAUCAUCGUCGCUGCCAUCCUGGUCCUGAUCCCCGUCUGCUGGUCUGCUGCCAUCACCAUCACAGACUUCGCCAACCCUUUGACAAUCGAGACGCAGAGGAGGGAGAUCGGAGCUUCGAUCUACAUCGGCUGGGCCUCUGCUCUACUUCUUCUGAUCGGCGGCAUCACCCUGACCACUUCCUGCCCUCCUCAAAAACCUGUGUAUGGAUACCCAGGAUAUGCACCUGCACCAGUAUACCCCUACUCGGCCCCGCCAACAUAUGGACCAGUGUAUGCUCCUCCAUCGAGCCAGCCGUACACAGCCAGUGGGACAUACGUACCCAGUAAACCAUAUGCAGCACCGAAUACAUACCCUGCUGGACAGUAUCUUUAAAACUGAAGGGACAGAGUGAAAUUUCUGCUUUGAUGACUUUACAAACUCUCCAUUAGAAAGCGAAGCUGCACCAAAAUACGCAUUUUAUUUCUAGAGGAUGAUAUGUAUUCCAAUACAUUGCUGUAAUGCAAAAUUAAUUCACUCAGUCACUUGACUCUGAUUGCUAUGAAUCUUCCUUAAAUUGCUUUCUGUUGUGGAUGGAUUUUGUGCUCUGUAAUAGAAAACUUUGUAGUUUGUGAAGCAUUGACAUGAGAGGAGUUGUUUGCCAUCAUAGCUGUGGUUACUGAAAGCUGUUUUGCUUUUCAUAAGGAAGUCACUGUCAAUAUAUUUAUUUCCUUGUCUUACUGAGCACAUUGUGUAAAUAGUGAUGAUUUGUGACACGUUUGUUUUCUUUAAAAGCCUCUUUAUUUUUGAGAUCAUUGAAAAGAAUUUCAAUAAAAUGUUGGUAUCAUA